UUAAUAUAAACAGAAUGGGUCGAAUAGAUGUUCGUGUGCAUCAUCGAGGAUAUUUUGUGCACCCACCGAAUGGUAUUGUACAAUAUGUGGGGGGUAAGGUAGAUGAGUUGGUGGAAGAUACGGAGAAAAUGUGUUUUGCUGAUUUAGAACACUACUCGGUUGCGUUUGGAUACGAUACUGGUAGUUCAUUGGUAUAUUUUCAGAAUGAUGGUCAUUCCUUUGAUAAUAAUGUUAGGGUUUUAUAUAAUGAUGAUGGCAUAAAGGAGAUGAUAGAGAUAUGUAAACCAUUUGGUUGCAUAAAUUUGUUUGUCGAUCACUUUGAUCUUGAAGACUUGCAAACAGAAGAUGUUAUUAGGGAAGAGAAAUUGAUGGGUGAAAAGGAGUUGGGUGAUAGUUCCUUUGAGGAUGAUCCAGAUUAUGUUGCAGAGGGCCAAGAUUCCGAGAGUGAUGAGUCUGAGUUUUACACUGAUGGCAGUGAUGGGGAGUUAAUGAAAAAUGUUAAUAAUAGGAGAAUUAGAAAAGCAGCUGAGGCUAACAAAAUAAAUUUUGAAUUAAGGAGAACAAUGAUCAAAGAAAGGGAGAAAAAUAUUGAGGAAGAAGACUACUUGAGUGAUGAACUAAUGUCUUUAUCGUCAUCAAGUGAGGAUGAGGCUGUGAAGAAGGGUUACAUAGGUCCACCACCUGUGAAAAAUUCUAAGAAAAGGAAGCAUUCUUUCUAUAAUCCAAAGAAGAUAACAGAUGGGAUUAAGUUCUCUCCGGGCAUGAGAUUUGGUUCUAUGGAAGAAUUCACGAGGGCUGUUACAAACUAUGGAUUAAGUGAGAGAAGGGCCGUUCAAUUUAACACUAAUGAUCCACACAGGGCACAAGUUGUGUGUGAGACCAAAUGUCCUUUCUACAUCUGGUGUAGUAGAAUAAAGGACUCUGAAACGGUGGAGAUAAAAACACUAGUGAAUGAGCAUUUGUGUACAAAACCAUAUAACAACAAGCUUGCAUCUGUCAAGCACUUAACAGAAAUUUAUGGUGAGAGGAUUAGGAAAAACCCCACUUGGAAAAUUAAAGAAAUGGUUGAAACAGUUAGACAUGAUCUGAAGAUAGAAGUGUCAAGGAUAAAACUUAUAAGAGUAAGAAAAGUUGCACUAGAAGGUGUUUUCGAGAGUUUGAAGCAACAUUACUCAAGGGUCAGAGAUUUUGGCUACCAAAUUCUGCUCAACAAUCCACAGAACAGGGUUGACAUAAGAACUACAAGAUUAAAUGAAAGUGAUCCUAACAAAUUCAAAAGAAUUCACAUAUGCUAUCAUGCUUUGAAGGAGGGUUGGAAGCAAGGUUGUAGGCCAAUUUUGGGACUGGAUGGGUGUUUCCUUAAGACAGUAUGUGGAGGACAAAUGUUAUCUGCUGUGGGGAGGGACGGAAACAACCAGAUGUAUCCGGUAGCUUAUGCUGUAGUUGAGAGUGGAAAUGCAGACACCUGGAAGUGGUUUAUUGAUUUGCUUAGGGAUGAUCUGAGCCUUGGGGAUGGAAAGGGAUACACAAUAAUAUCCGAUCAGCAGAAGGCCUAGAGUUGGCUGUGAAAGAAUAUUUACCGAAAAUUGAACACAGAAAUUGUCGCAGGCAUCUAUGCACUAACUUCAGGAAUAGGUUUAAAGCUAAUCAUCUUAGAAAUUUGUUUUGGACAAUAUCUUGUGCAACACACAAGGUUGCACAUCAAAGAGCAAUGAAAGCCAUGGAGAGAGCCUCUAAGCCUGCUUACGAAGCACUUGUACAAAAAGAUCCAAAGACAUGGUGCAAGGCUUUUUUUGAGACUCAUUCUUGCACUGAUAAUGUUGAAAAUAAUAUGUCAGAGUCUUUUAAUGCUUGGAUUAUCAAUGAAAGAUUUUUACCCCUGCUUGACAUGUUGCAAGAGAUUCACUACAAGUUGAUGGUUAGAAUCAGAGAAAAUAGGGGGUCCAUGGAAGGCAGUGAGUUUCAAAUUUGUCCGAGAAUUAAAAAAAAGCUAGACAUUGCAGUUACACAAUCAAGGGAAUGGAGGGCUAGUUGGGAUGGCAUGAGAACAUUUGUGGUAUGAAUCUAAAUUUAGACUCCUCAAUUUUAUGUUUUUUACGUAUGUUUUUUGUGAAAAAUUAGUACUCUCAAUUAUUAUGUAGGUAAAAAAUGGAAGUAGUACUUUGACUGUGGACUUGGUUGAUAGAAAAUGUGAUUGUAGAGUGUUUGAUUUGACUGGCAUACCGUGUGCUCAUGCGGUGGCAGCAAUACACAGCAGAAGAGAGGAUCCACAGGCUUAUGUAUCCAGGUAUUAUACUAGAGAAAUGUACUUGGCAUCUUAUAAUCAACCUCUUGCUGCAUUGAAAGGUGAAGAAUUUUGGGAGAGUCACUCUACAGAGGAAUUGUUGCCACCAUACAUACCAAAGAAAUUAAGAGGAAGACCCAAGAAACAACGAAGAAGAGAAGAGUGGGAAGGUGGAAAUAGAAGUAGAAGCAGCCAACCAAAAAUUCAGAGAGCACCAUCAGGAAAGAAACAACAUUGCAGCCUUUGUAGGCAGCCAGGACAUAGGUGUACCAGAUGUCCUCUAAAAAAUGCACCUAAUGUCAAAGAAGGUGCACCUAAUAAUGCACCAAUUGUUGAAGAAAGUGCAUCUAAAAAUGCAAGUAAUGUUGAAGAGAAUGGUACUACUGCAGAGGUGAUAAAAGAACUGCCAGGCAAAACUUCAAAAAAUCAACCAGUUAAGAGGCCAAAACUACCAGUAAGGAGAAAGGAGAAGGGAAUCCUGAUCAAGGAGCCAGAAGUAUGCUCACAACAUAAACAUCAAGAAACACAGUAUGGUAAAGGCAAGGAAAAAGUUGUGGUGCAGCCUAAAGUCAAAACAAGGAGGCCUUAUCUUAAUCUUCAGAACUCAAAGCUAUCACAGGGAAGUGUUCAAGCUUCACAGCAAUCACAGGUCUAGUGGCAGCAACAAAUAUGUUUGCUCUUUUGCAAUGGAACAUCCACUGAUUUCAAUUUUCUUUUAAAACAAUAAUAUGUACGUUUAUGUUUGGUCUAGGGAACCAUA